CUGGCUGCAUUUUGAUAAAGACUUUAAUGCUCUUUUCCCAGGUCCUAAUGGAACGAUUCGAUUUCCAUCUCCUUUUAAUACAGGAUGUUCAAAAGACGAACUGAUAAUCCAAUCAGAAAUCUCUGAUCAAAAGACAAAUGUUUUGUUUAUCCUACAACAGACAUCCUACUGUUUUCUCUUAUCAAUGUGACAGUUUGACUGCCGGCUACACAAUUUUACAAUUUGUGUUUUAAAUCUGUUUUAAAUGAUUAAGUCGUGUUCUGAAGAGUGAUUUAAUUACAGCAUACAUCCAAUUUUUACGAAUGCCUUAAAUCGCACCCAAUCUAAUAACCUUAGUUCGUUGUAAGGUGAUACUAAAGCCCACGUCAGUACAUCUGCUGGAAAAAGGUCAUUAAACUUUUAUUUUCGAACAUUACAGCUUCCGAAAUCAGUGAAAUUGAGUGCCAAAAGUGUGAACAUUUAUAAAUGUAGUUGAUGUAGUUUACAAGAGGAAUUACUACAAACAUGAAUGUGAUACUAUACGUAGUUCUAUUCUGCCUGUACUCAUUAACCAAUUGUGAUGAAAAAGUUGACUACUACAAGCUACUGAACGUACCGAGAGAUGCCACAGUUCAGGAAGUUCGUAAAGCGUUCAAAAUUCUGGCAGUUAAAUUGCAUCCAGAUAAAAAUAAGGACGAUUCAGAUGCUGAACAGAAAUUCAUACAGCUUGCCAAGGCCUAUGAAAUCCUUAAAGAUCCAACGUCCAGAAAAGAGUACGAUUUGCACGGAGAUUCGGAGUUUAACAACAACAAACGUAGCUAUCAUAGUUAUUCAUAUUAUAAGGAUCAUUUUGGCAUCUAUGACGAUGAUCCGAUCAUAGUAACAUUGAGCAAACAGGAUUAUGAAUUGAACAUAUUGGAUGUGAAUCAAGCAUGGUUUGUCAAUUUCUACUCCCCGCAUUGCCAUCACUGCCAUGAAAUGGCUCCAAUUUGGAGAAAACUGGCUUCUCAGCUUGAAGGAGUAGUCAGAAUAGCUGCGGUCAAUUGCGAAGAAGAUUACCCACUUUGCUACCAGCUCAGCAUCGAAGCGUAUCCCACUCUGCUGUUUUAUGAAAAAGAGGCUCACAUUUAUGAUGGGGAAAAAUUCAGAGGCUCUAAAACUUUGGAGGCUUUGGAAGAGUAUAUACUUUCAAAAGUUCAUGUUAAUAUAGAAGAUAUUGACCAGAACAACUGGCCUUUGUUGAAACAGAAACAGUGGGUUCUGUUUUUGUGCAGCAAUGAUAACUAUAACUGCCCGGAAAAGGAUACUAUUACGAAAAUUUCUGCGACAUUGGAAGGCCUAUUGAGUGUUGGCAUUGUUAAAGACAGCGAACUUUGCGAGAAAAUUUCAGAAUCGUUUAAAAAGCAGCCCAUAAUAUUUUGGCAAAUAGACGCAACCAAUAUCCCUGAAGUGCAUAUAGUGGAAGGAUCAGACUCCAAGGAAAUCUUGGACAAAAUUUUAAAUAUUUUACCGACUCCGCCACUGCUGGACGAGAAGAAAUUUCACGAUUUGCGAACGAAAUUGCGAAUGUCCUUUGACAAACCUUGGCUAAUCUGUUUCUACUUAGGAGAGGCGACGGAUUUGAAAUUGGAACUAAAGCGACUACCCACUUUAAUCUCGAAUAUUAAUAUCGGAUUAAUUCACUGUGGAAAAAGCGCCGGACUUUGCGCGACUCUCCAUAUAGCCCGUUACCCAACUUGGUGUGUAAUAAAACAGGGCGGUGCCUUUGAAGUUCAUCAAGGUAGGGACGUGUUGCAUGAAGUGGCAAGUUUUGCUCGGGAUAGCACCAAGAGUACCAACUUACAUGCUCUGAGCCCUGCGGAUUUUCACAACUUAAUGGAAGUAGGCACUCCAUGGUAUAUCGAUUGGUACGCCCCUUGGUGCCCACCUUGCAAAAGACUCACCCCUGAACUUCGCAAAGCCAGCCAACAUUUUGAGCCAGAUGUGGUUCAAUUUGGUACUGUGGACUGUACUUUACACAGAGAACUUUGUUUCAGCCAAUCGAUCAGUUCCUAUCCCACAAUGGUCUUAUACAAUAGAAGUAGCGUUCAAAGAUUUCAGGGUGUUCCAAAUGAAGGAUCAAUUGUGGAAUUCAUCCAAGACGCAAUCAAUCCCUUAGUGAAGCAAUUGGAUGAAAACAACUUUAGCUUGUUGGCUAGAAAGUCUGCACAGGAAAUGUGGGUAGUUGACUUUUUUGCCCCUUGGUGCGGACCGUGCCAGCAAUUGGCUCCAGAGUAUAGGAAAUUAGCUAAAUCCGUUGCGGAACUGAAGAACAUUGUUAUUGCUCAAGUAGAUUGUGUUGCAAACGAGGAACUGUGUUCUUCCCAAAAUAUUCGAGGAUACCCGACAAUACGGCUGUAUCCCUUAGGAUCGAAAGGCUUGAGCACUGUGGCCAUACAUAAUGGUCACAGAGAUGCAGUUUCGCUUAAAAGAUGGAUAAUUGGAUUCUUGCCCUCCAAAGUAGAUUCUUUAACUGAAACGGAGUUUAAAGAGCAAAUUUUAACGGAAAACUUCUACUUGCCUUGGCUGGUGGAUUUUUACGCCCCGUGGUGUUCUCAUUGUGUUCAUUUUGAACCUGAAUUUAGGACUGUAGCUCAAAGGCUCGAUGGAAAAGUGCGUUCAGCCAAAAUCGACUGCGAAGCUCACCGAAUAUUCUGUGGCUAUCAAGGAGUCUCUGGGUACCCGGCGGUGAGACUGUACAUGUCCCCGCAAAAACAUUUUGAAAUAGAUAGUCAAAAUGCGAAUGAAAUAAUACAAAAAGUAAAGUACUUAUUAGAGAAACACAAAAGGAGUUACUCGCACGACGAGUUGUAAUUUUCAAGAUGCAGAAUCUCAUGUAAGCAUCAACACGAUCUGCCUUUUUUAUUGCAUUUCAGUAUAACUAACCGGAAGAUUUAUCAUGUUUUAAUGGUAGGUAUCUUACAGGCAUUUGAUUUGUCGAAUGUGGGGCUUAUAGCGUUUUUUUCUAGUCAGGAGUAGACAAGUACCAUAUAAUUUAAAUCUUUAGAAUUUCUUUGCAGUGACGAAAGUUUUUUUUCUAUAAUUCCAUCUAACCAAUUUCUUAUACAUGAUUCAUGGUAUAUAGGGAAUAAAGUUGGCUACUUCUGUAAUCGCCCGUGAUCUUAGAAUUCACACUUUUCAUAUGAUUUAUUUUUUGAUCCGUAAUUUUGGUGCCUAAUAUGUAGGUAUAAGCACAUGAUAUACCAUCUGAAAGGCAUUUUGCUUGUUCAAUAAUAAUAGAGUGUUCUAAUAAAAAAAAACGCACUUC